GUGGUUUUAUCUUUGGCAUUUAAAGUUCAUUCUAAAUCUUAAAAAUGAUUUUUAAUAAUUAUUGUGUGAUUUUAUAUUAGAAGCAAAUAUAAGUUUUAACAAUGUUUUUUGCUUUAAAGAUGAAUUAUUAAAAUGUUUUAUUUGAUGGCAAUUAUAAAUUUUUAUUUUUGUUAUUUUUAGUUUUAUUUAAAUUAUUUCAAAUGUUCAAUUUAUGAUUUUUUUUUUUAAAUUAGGUUUAUUAAAAUGACUGUAAUAAAUACAAUUGCAUCUUCUGGUUUCACAAAUGAGUUGAGUCUAUUAUGCAGCAGCACUAAGCUUGAGCGUGAUCGAGGCAGCUUAACUUUGAAAUGUUCACUUUCUAAAAUAGCUGAAAAUGAAAAUGGAGCAGAGUUAUGUUCUGAACUACAAAAGCUAGUUCUUGAAUUUUUUGCCAAUUACUCCGAUGGGAAUUGGGAGUCUUUACAUGGUCAUCUUGAAGUUGGAAAGCUGUUGAUUGAUAUGAAGUUAUUUUCUCCUGAUUUUCCUCGUGAGCUUCUUAAUUACAGUUUAAUUUACAUAGAACAUACAGAGUUUCGCGUUCGUAUUUUAGCUGGCGAAGUAUUAGGAAAAUUAUGUGAAAAUGUGGACACUUCUUUUUAUAAAGACUGUGAACCGAUUUUGAUGGAAAGUGUUAAAAAACAUUUGAGAAGAGAUGUUGUUGUUUCGUCUGAAAGUUUGACUCAUAAAACUGCUCAAGAUAUCUUUCAUGACACAGCCGGUUGGAAAUCACUUGAAACAAGCAUGAAGGCUCUUCAAUGUGUUGUUGAUGGCUGUGGUUUACACUUUUUUUCUUACAUGAACAAAGACUUAUUAAACCUUAUAUUUGAAAGUUUAAAACAUACUAAUCGUUUUGUGAGAGAAACUGCAUAUUACCUAUGUGCAUCGAUUGCCAGAUUCGGCAUUUUAUCACAAGAAAACUGUGAUAAAGAAUUAGCUAGUCAAUUAUGUGAAAGCUUGCGUAAAGGGUUGUCUGAUAAUUGGAGUCAAGUUAGACUAGCUGCUUCUGUUGCUACUCGACAGUUUUUCCAAGAUCUCAAUGAGACAGAUAAAAAAGUUUAUUAUAAAACUUUGCUUCCUGCCAUGUGUAUAAAUAGGUAUUAUUUAGCUGAGGGAGUGAGGUUGUAUAACCAAGAGUCAUGGCGUCUCAUUUUAGGAAAUGAUGGGCGUGCUAAUGUUGAACUAUUGAUUGAAGAUGUCGUUACAUUUUACAUCUCUCAAACAGAGAGUGAUAAUCAUGCAGUAAGAGAAGCCGCUUGUCAUUGCAUGGCAGAGCUUGGUACAAAAAUUAGUCCUGAAGUAGUUCGACCUUAUCUACCUCGUUUACUAGAAGCUUUGCAUUUUUGCUUUAAAGAUGAUAGUUGGCCAGUUCGAGACACUGCUUGUGUUGCAUGUGGAAACUUUGCACUUUCAUUUCCUCAAGAAUGUGCCCAGCUUAUUGAUACAAUUUAUCCUCUGUUUUUUACAAACCUAGGAGAUCCUAUUCCAACAGUACGACAAGGAGCUGCUGUAGCUUUAAAAAAUGUUGUUAAAGCAUUUGGAGAAAAAAGUGCCGAUCUUGUAUUUAAGAAACUUAAUGAAGGUUUAGGAGCGGUCGAGUUUCAAAAAGCAUCUUCUGAACGAUAUGAUGGCUUGGAAAAAGGUGCAGCAACAUACGGAGUUGUAAAAAAGUUACAUGAUAAUGAUUUAGAUUUACAUUCCAAUCAGGUUAUGUACUCUUGCGGCUCGCUGGCACCCAAAAUGAAAAGAGGUGGUGGUUGUUCUGACCAUUCAUUUAAACGACCUUCUGAACCUUGGGAACUUGCAGAUGGAUGUGUGUACUUGCUUAGUGAGUUAUCUAGUGUCAGUGAUGUGCAUAAACAUGUUGUUGAAUCAAUUCGUCACCUUAUUGAAGCAAUAAAGUUCAAACAUUACAUCCAUCAUCUAAAUUUUUUUGAAAGUGUUAGUAAAGUUUUACCAAAUAUUGCUAAAGGAUUGGGAAAACGAAUUUUCAAACAACACAUCGAAGGCUUUUUUGACAUGUUGUUUUAUUCGCUUUCUUCUGAAAAUGCUCUCAGCAAAUUGGCUGCAAAUGAAUGCGUUGAAUUUUUUAUUGAGUUUUUUGGAUUAAAUAUUGUGAAGGGGCGAGUUGAGAACUUUAACCCAAGUUAUAUGGCUAUAUUUGAUCAAAUAGCUUGUAAUAAGUUUAUGUGAAUGUUUAAGAUAUAUUUACAUUAUAUUGUUAUUUAAAAA